CAAUUUCCCUUAUAUAACCCAUAACAGGAAAAGUGCUAUCUCUGCCUUCCAAAACAAUCCAUCAAACUUGAUAACACUCAUAGUGAAGAUGGAAUUCAUCCGCUAUUCUAAAGUUGUUAGCUUGUUAAGCAUGAGUGUCAUUUUUUUCAUUAUGGUAUGGAAAGUAUUAUAUACUUGUUGGAUUUUGCCUAAGUUGAAGUAUCGAAAGCUUAGGGAAAAUGGAUUUGACGGACCAGUUCCAAGUUUCCCUCUUGGAAACAUAAAGGACAUGAAGGAGUUGAUGAAGAAAACAGCUACUUCCACUUCUUUGAGCAAUAUUAGCAAUGACAUCCAUUCAUUUGUAUUCCCAUACUAUGUUCUGUGGCAGAAAUUGCAUGGUAAAGUAUUUAUCUACUGGCUGGGAACAGAACCAUUUCUAUACAUUGCAGAUCCUGAAUUUAUCAAGAAGAUAUCUGGGGUUGUAAUGAGCAAAAGUUGGGGAAAACCAAGAGUAUUUAAGAGGGAUAGAGAUCCAAUAUUUGGGAAUGGACUUGUUAUGAUGGAAGGUGAUGAAUGGGUUAAACGCAGGCAUGUUAUUAAUCCUGCUUUUACCCUUGCCAGAUUGAAGGGUAUAGCAAGCUUGAUGGUGGAGUCUGCCACAAAUAUGUUAGAGCGAUGGGCAGCCCUCAUCGACUCUGACGAGAAGCUAGAAAUGGACGUGGAGAACGAUAUCAUGAGCACAGCAGCCGAAAUCAUCGCAAAAUCCACCUUUGGCAUCAACUACAAAAACGGGAAAAAGGUGUUUGAUAAAAUAAGAACAAUGCAAGUCACUCUUUUCAAGUCCAUACGGUACGUUGGAGUACCAUAUGGCGAGUUGAUGUGCUCUAAAGAGAUCUUGAAAGUCAAGAAUCUCGGUAAAGAGAUCGAUGUUCUCCUUGGAUCGAUCAUUAAAGCUCGAAAAAAGAUGGACAAAAAUCAUGACUCAGAUGACCUUCUAAGUCUAUUGCUAGGUCAAGUGAGUAAUGGCACGGAUGACCCGUUAAGGAAGGAAUUGUCUACGAGGGAAGUAGUGGACGAGUGUAAGACGUUUUUCUUUGGAGGUCAUGAGACCUCGGCAUUGGCACUCACUUGGACACUGUUGCUUCUGUCCUUACAUAAAGAAUGGCAAACUCAGCUUAGAGAGGAAAUCAAGCAAGUUUUUGGAGAAGGUGAAAUUGAUGUUACAAAGCUUAAUGGUCUCAGAAAGAUGGGAUGGGUGUUGAACGAAGUGCUAAGGCUGUAUUCACCAGCACCAAAUGUACAAAGGCAAGUUAGAGAGGACAUUCAAGUGGACAACCUUGUCAUUCCUAAAGGAACAAACAUUUGGAUUGACGUUGUGUCUAUGCACCAUGACAAGAACCUUUGGGGUGAAGAUGUCAAUGAAUUCAAACCAGAAAGGUUUAAAGAGGACAUGACACAUGGUGGAUGCAAGCACAAAAUGGGAUUCUUGCCUUUUGGAUUUGGAGGAAGAAUGUGUAUUGGUAGGAAUUUGUCUAUCAUGGAGUACAAGAUUGUGUUGUCCUUAAUAUUGACUAGGUUCGCCUUCGACAUAUCUCCUAAUUAUAGGCACUGCCCUUGUACCUUGCUUUCUCUUAGGCCAACACAAGGGUUGCCUCUUAUAAUCAGACCCCUUUAAAAUGUUUUAUAAUUUAUGUCUCCUUUUAUAUGUCAAGCUGAUCAUGUACUGAGUAACUACUAGGUGACAUAUUGAAAGGUCAAGCUUUUUUAUUUUCUGCACCCUAUAUGAUCAAUUUUAUGUAACAUUUUUUCUCUUU